AUGGUUUAUCAAGCAUAUGGUAGUACAAAUAAUCCGAAUACAAUGUCAGGUGAUCAAAAUCGAAAAAUAUUUCUUGGUGGUUUAAGUUAUCAUACUACUGAUGAAACAUUACGUGCAUUUUGUUCACGUUUUGGUAAAAUAACUGAUUGUCUUGUUAUGAGAAAUCCUGAAGGCAAAUCUCGUGGUUUUGGUUUUGUUACUUAUGAAGAUACAUCAUCUGUCGAAGAUUUUAUGCGUUCACGACCACAUACAAUUGAUAAUCGUCAAAUUGAUCCAAAACGUGCAAUGCCACGUGAAGAACAAAAUAGUUCAGAAGCACAUUUAACUGUUAAAAAAUUAUUUGUUGCUGGUUUACGUGAAGGUAUUAAUGAAGAUAGUCUUCGACAAUAUUUUUCACGUUUUGGUAAUAUUGUUGAAGUUCUUGUUAUGAAAGAUCGUGAUGGAAAACCUCGUGGUUUUGCAUUUGUUACAUUUGAUGAUUAUGAUGCUGUUGAUAAAGCUGUUUUAGAAAAACCACAUAUUAUAAAUGGUAGAAAUUUAGAUGUUAAAAAAGCAGUACCAAAAGAAAAAAUGCAAGAAGAAUCAGGAACAAAUUCACCUAUUGGUGGUACUGGUGGUAUGCCAUCAUUUAAUCGUAAUAAUCCUUCAAAUUAUUCAGGUGUUAAUACUGGUCCACCACCACCACCACCACCAUCAUCAUCAUCAUCAGCUCGAAAUAAUUUUGGACAAAUGCGUGAUAAUUUUAAUCCAUCUAGUGGUAGUUGGGAUAAUCAAGGUGGUAUGUCACGUAUGAAUAAUCAAAAUCAAAAUUAUAAUCAACCAUCAACAUCAUCAUACGGACAACAAGGUGGAUAUAAUACAAAUACAUCAGGUUUUAAUCCACCAAUGCCACCAACAAAUGCAUAUUCACAAUCAUUUAAUCCUAUGGGACAAAAUCAACCACCACCACCACCACCUCCACCACUUCCACAACAACCAUCAAUGAUGAAUUAUGAUAUGUAUAAUAAUACAUCAAAUAUGCCAUUUAAUAAUAAUCCAAAUCAACUACCAACAUCAAAUUAUAUGCAACCACCACCAUUACCUUAUGGACAAAAUCAACAACAAGGUUUUGGUAAUAAUCCAAAUAAUUUUGGUGGUAUGAAUGAUUCAUUUAAUUUACCACAAGCAACAUCUGGUGGUGGUGGUGGUGGUGGUGGUGGUGGUAGUCGAGGUUAUAAUAAUCCAUCAUCAACAUCAGUACCAUAUGAUAAUGCAACUUCAUAUGGUAUUACAUCACAAAAUUUUGGCGGAGGAAAUUAUAAUAAUAUGCCUCAACAACAAACUCGUGGUGGUGGUGGUCCUAUGCGUUCAGGACGAGGCGGUGGAAGUGGAGGUAAUUAUGGUGGUCCAUCAGGUGGAGAUUCUAAUUAUAGUAAUCGUUCAGCACCAUAUUCAGCACGUGGUGGUCGUGGUGGUGGACGUGGUGGUGGUCGUGGCCGUGGUCGUGGACAAUAA